UGAGCGCGCGCGAAGCGCGCGCGUGCUAGUGUAAAUGUAAGCAUGCCGACGCGCCGUAAAUUCAGACACCUCCCUGCCUUGUGAUCGUUUCUGACCUGUGACUGACCAGUGACAAGCAAGAACACGGAACGAGAUGCGGUGAGGGGUCUCGCAUGUCCAGAUUUGUUUGGGGAGAUCGUUCUUACGAAGCCAGCAUUCGCCGGUGGAGGAGCGAAGAUGGCUGCGCCAGCAGAUGCCCGGAAGAUCGUGAAGAAGCGCAUGAAGAGGUUCCCUCGUUUCCAGGCAGACCGCUUCAAGAAGAUGAACCAGUCCUGGCGCAAGCCCGUCGGCAUCGACGGGCGCGUCCGUCGGAAGUUCAAGGGCUCCACCCAGAUGCCCAGCAUCGGGUAUGGCUCUGACAAGAAGACGAAGUUCCGCCUCAGGAAUGGAUUCUACAAGUUCCGCUGUCAGAAUCUGUCCGAUCUGGAGAUGCUGCUGAUGCACAACGAGAAAUACGCGGUGGAGAUCGCGCACAACAUCGGGGCCAAGAAGCGCAAGGAGAUGGUCGAGCGCGCUGACCAGCUGCGCCUGUUCGUGACCAACCGGUUCUCGCGGCUGCGCACCGAGGAGAACGAGUGAGCGGCCUCGGCCGGCGCCAGGGCUGUGCCAGACCAGAAGCGCGCGGGCAUGGAGAGGGGCGGUGCGCGGAGCCG